AUGACUCUAACAGCCAAAGGUACUACUGAUAAUGAGCAGCUCUACACCACUCGGUCUGGUACUGAGGGCUCAGUAGGCAUCUACAGGUUUGGAAAGACCAAAACGACCCCCAAGGACAGUCAUACAGAGCUGAGGUAUUUGAGUCUGGUGGUGAGUGGCCCAAGAGAAGACCGUCUGCAAGACAAACUGUAUGCCUUUUACAUGGAAAAAAAUGAUGAUCUUAAACGUGACUCUGAACUGUGGAUUCCCAGGGUGGCCCAGAUCUGCAUGGCUGAUGUGGGUGGACCCAAGGGGAUCUUGCAGUACUCCUGGACAUCCCAGCUGAGAGCCCGGCUAUGGUGUGGUGACCAGACCAGCAAGCAGUAUUUCAGCCAGCUAGUAGAUACAGCCACUCUGAAAGCAGAGCGCUGGCAGGACACCAGGAUCUAUGGACUCUUCAGAAACACCUGGGGUGUGAGUGCCGUGUGUGUCUACACCAUGAAAGAUAUUGACAGUGUAUUUAAGGCCUCCAACUUCAAGGGAUACGAAGGGACCAUCCCGAGCCCACGACCUGGAAUAUGCAUCCAAGACAGCACUAAACUCGACCACAAUUUAGUGAAGCUGGUGAACGACCACAAUGAAAUGGUGGAUUGGGUUAUGCCAACUGGCAACACCAGACCUCUCCUCGUUCACCACCACAAUUACACACACAUCCUGGGGGAUCGGGUCCAAACCGCCGAUGGUAGACGACACACGGUCCUGUUCUUAUCCACAGGUAAGAGAAGCUACAGGCACCAUUAAAGAGUAUGUCUGAUU